AUGUCAAAUCUCAACAAUGUUGAAUUUGUUGCUUUGGAAGUUUCCGGAAUGAACUACCUCAAGUGGACCCAGGAUGUCAAGCUUCAUCUGACAGCAAAUAAGAUGAGAUCAACGAUUAUUGCUAACAACAUCACCCCUGAAGAUAUGAAGGCAAGGGUUAUGAUUUUCAUCAGGAAGCAUAUGGAGAAAGCACUCAAGGUGGAAUAUUUAGCUGAAGAGGACCCACGGUCUCUUUGGGUCGCUCUAGAAGAGCGAUUCAACCAUCAGAGGGACAUCUACUUGCCGGAAGUAAGGCACGACUGGCAGAACAUACGUUUCCAAGAUUUCAAGACUGUCAAUGAGUAUAACUCUGAAAUCUGUCUGAUUCAGUCACUCCUAAAAUUCUGUAGAGAAUAG